UAAGAAACAAAAAGAAGGGGCGACAAGUCUACAACCACCUCGUACGAACACCAAAUCCCAAGCCAUCUCCUCUUACGUUACUUAUACACCUGACAAAAUUAAAUUUAGAGAGCAACGAAAGAAAGACAGAGAGAGUAAAUGGCAGUUGGUAUGCUGGAGGUGUUGUUGGUAGAUGCCCGAGAACUCAGAGAUCGUCAUUUCUGGUGUGGGCUUGAUUGUUUAAUUCCAUGUUUGAAUGAGACCAAAGCUCCUUACGCUCAAAUUCAAUACGGAGCGCAGAAUCAAACGAGUUGCUUGGCUCAAGAAGAAGGGAAGAAACGAGUAUGGAAUGAGAAAUUUAGGUUCCAAGUAGAGUGCGAAGAAGAAGAAGAUGACAUGAAGAACAAGGUGGUACUAAGUACAGUCGAGAAACACCAAUUCUUUCCGGAUUUCCUUGUUGGCAAAACAACGAUUUAUGUAAAGGAUGUAAUAUUACGUGGAAUGGAGGAGGGGAAGGUUGUCCAUGGACCUCACAAGUACAGGGUCGUCCGCCAAGAUAAAACCUACUCGGGUGAAAUUACCGUCACCGUUACGUUUAUUAAGGUUAGUGAAGGAGACUUUAGAGCGCAUUCAGCAGCCAAAAUUCUUCAACCAAGAACCACCUGAUAUCUACCUUAAAAUCCCUAUAGAUGUUAUAUGUUUCAAGUUUUCAACCCUGAGCAAUUGUAUUUGUCAACAUAGUCCGUCUACUAAUAAUUACUUAUUCAGUUGAUUUUUUUCUACUUAUUAUAAUAUAUAUUUUGAGCUUA